GCGGCACGGGACCCGGAUGCGGCGCGACUGAGGGACGGCGGGGUCGCGACGUCCGGCUGAGGUGCGCCCGCGCGGGCCAGCGGUGCGCUCUUGCUGGCGGCCGCCUGCGGCGCCGGCGACUCUGGUGGCAGCGCCGCGCUUCCUGCCGGCUUGGAGGACACCCGUUCGCCCGCCGGCGGCGGCGCCUCCCAGGGCUGCGGCCCGCCUGGGGCUGUCUUAGCAUAUCAUCUAAUCUGAAAAAGUCUUCCAUGAAAACGCCAGUUUUAAAAAAUAAGUAAUGCCAUCUGUUUUCCUAAAAGACUGAAAUGGGGGCUAUCAUUUUGAGAGCCGCAUGGUUAUGAAUGUGCUUCAGUUUCAUAAUGCCUCCUGCUAUGGCAGACAUCCUUGACAUCUGGGCAGUGGAUUCACAGAUAGCAUCCGAUGGCUCCAUACUUGUGGAUUUCCUUUUGCCCACUGGGAUUUACAUCCAGUUGGAGGUACCUCGGGAAGCUACCAUCUCUUACAUUAAGCAGAUGUUAUGGAAGCAAGUUCACAAUUACCCAAUGUUUAACCUCCUUAUGGAAAUUGAUUCUUAUAUGUUUGCAUGUGUGAAUCAAACUGCUGUAUAUGAGGAGCUUGAAGAUGAAACACGAAGACUCUGUGAUGUCAGACCUUUUCUUCCAGUUCUCAAAUUAGUGACGAGAAGUUGUGACCCAGGAGAAAAAUUAGACUCAAAAAUUGGAGUCCUUAUAGGAAAAGGUCUGCAUGAAUUUGAUGCCUUGAAGGAUCCUGAAGUGAAUGAAUUUCGGAGAAAAAUGCGCAAAUUCAGUGAGGAAAAGAUUCAGUCACUUGUUGGAUUGUCUUGGAUGGAUUGGCUAAAGCAAACAUAUCCACCAGAACAUGAACCAUCCAUCUUUGAAAACUUAGAAGAUAAACUUUAUGGAGGAAAGCUGAUUGUCGCUGUUCAUUUUGAAAGCUGUCAGGAUGUGUUUAGCUUUCAAGUAUCUCCUAAUAUGAAUCCUAUCAGAGUAAACGAAUUGGCAAUCCAAAAACGUUUGACUAUUCAUGGAAAGGAAGAUGAAGCUAGCCCCCAUGAUUAUGUGUUGCAAAUCAGUGGAAGAGUUGAAUAUGUAUUUGGUGAUCAGCCCCUGAUUCAAUUCCAGUAUAUCCGGAAUUGUGUAAUGAACAGGACCCUUCCCCACUUUAUACUUGUGGAAUGCUGCAAAAUCAAGAAAAUGUAUGAACAGGAAAUGAUUGCCAUAGAGGCUGCCAUAAAUCGAAAGUCAUCUAACCUUCCUCUUCCUUUACCACCAAAGAAAACGCGAAUUAUUUCUCAUGUUUGGGAAAAUAACAACCCUUUCCAGAUUGUCUUGGUUAAGGGAAAUAAACUUAACACAGAAGAAACUGUAAAAGUUCACGUCAGGGCUGGUCUUUUUCAUGGUACCGAACUCCUGUGUAAAACUAUUGUAAGCUCAGAAAUAUCAGGGAAAAAUGAUCACAUUUGGAACGAACCAUUGGAAUUUGAUAUUAAUACUUGUGACUUGCCAAGAAUGGCUCGGUUAUGUUUCGCUGUUUAUGCAGUUUUGGAUAAAGUAAAAACGAAGAAAUCAACUAAAACUAUUAAUCCCUCUAAAUACCAAACCAUUCGGAAAGCUGGAAAAGUGCAUUAUCCUGUAGCUUGGGUAAAUACAAUGGUUUUUGACUUUAAAGGACAGUUGAAAUCUGGAGACAUAAUAUUACACAGCUGGUCUUCAUUUCCUGAUGAACUCGAAGAAAUGUUGAAUCCAAUGGGAACUGUUCAAACAAAUCCAUAUACUGAAAAUGCAACAGCUUUGCACAUUAAAUUCCCAGAGAAUAAAAAACAACCUUAUUAUUACCCUCCCUUCGAUAAGAUUAUUGAAAAAGCAGCUGAGAUCGCAAGCAGUGAUAGUGCUAACGUGUCAAGUCGAGGUGGAAAGAAAUUUCUUGCUGUACUGAAGGAAAUAUUGGACAGGGAUCCCUUGUCUCAACUUUGUGAGAAUGAAAUGGAUCUUAUUUGGACAUUGCGACAAGACUGCAGAGAGAAUUUCCCACAGUCACUGCCAAAAUUAUUGCUGUCAAUCAAGUGGAAUAAACUUGAGGAUGUUGCUCAGCUUCAGGCGCUGCUUCAGAUUUGGCCUAAACUGCCCCCUCGGGAGGCCUUAGAGCUUCUAGAUUUCAACUAUCCAGACCAGUACGUGCGGGAAUAUGCUGUGGGCUGCCUGCGACAAAUGAGUGAUGAAGAACUAUCUCAGUAUCUUUUACAACUGGUGCAAGUUUUAAAAUAUGAGCCUUUUCUUGAUUGUGCCCUUUCUAGAUUCCUAUUAGAAAGAGCACUUGCUAAUAGAAGGAUAGGGCAGUUUCUGUUUUGGCAUCUUAGGUCAGAAGUGCACAUUCCUGCUGUCUCGAUACAAUUUGGUGUCAUCCUUGAAGCGUAUUGCCGGGGAAGUGUGGGACACAUGAAAGUGCUUUCCAAGCAGGUUGAAGCACUCAAUAAGUUAAAAACUUUAAAUAGUUUAAUCAAACUGAAUGCUAUGAAGCUAAACAGAGCCAAAGGGAAGGAGGCCAUGCAUACCUGUUUAAAACAGAGUGCUUACCGGGAAGCCCUCUCUGACCUGCAGUCACCUCUGAACCCAUGCGUCAUCCUCUCUGAACUCUAUGUUGAAAAGUGCAAAUACAUGGAUUCCAAAAUGAAGCCUUUGUGGUUGGUAUAUAACAACAAGGUAUUUGGUGAGGAUUCAGUUGGAGUGAUUUUUAAAAAUGGUGAUGAUUUACGACAGGAUAUGUUAACACUCCAAAUGUUGCGCUUGAUGGAUCUACUCUGGAAAGAAGCUGGUCUGGAUCUUCGGAUGCUGCCUUAUGGCUGUUUAGCUACAGGAGAUCGCUCUGGCCUCAUUGAAGUUGUGAGCACCUCUGAAACAAUUGCUGACAUUCAGCUGAACAGUAGCAAUGUGGCUGCUGCAGCAGCCUUCAACAAAGAUGCUCUUCUGAACUGGCUUAAAGAAUACAAUUCUGGGGAUGACCUGGACCGAGCCAUUGAAGAGUUUACCCUGUCCUGUGCCGGCUACUGUGUAGCUUCUUAUGUCCUUGGGAUUGGUGACAGACAUAGUGACAACAUCAUGGUCAAAAAAACUGGCCAGCUCUUCCACAUUGACUUUGGACAUAUUCUUGGAAAUUUCAAAUCUAAAUUUGGCAUUAAAAGGGAGCGUGUGCCUUUUAUUCUUACUUAUGAUUUCAUUCAUGUCAUUCAGCAAGGAAAAACAGGAAACACAGAAAAGUUUGGCCGGUUCCGCCAGUGUUGUGAAGAUGCAUACCUGAUUUUACGACGGCAUGGGAAUCUCUUCAUCACUCUCUUUGCACUGAUGUUGACUGCGGGGCUUCCUGAGCUCACGUCAGUCAAGGACAUACAGUAUCUUAAGGACUCUCUUGCCUUAGGGAAGAGUGAAGAAGAAGCCCUUAAACAAUUUAAGCAGAAAUUUGAUGAAGCGCUCAGGGAAAGCUGGACUACUAAAGUGAACUGGAUGGCUCACACAGUUCGGAAAGACUAUAGAUCUUAAUGAUCAGCCUUUGCUCAUAAUGUGUUGGUUUCAUUUUGUUUUUAUUUUGUACUUGCACUAAAUCAAACAUGACCUUGCCAGAGAUGUUAUAAAGGGAAUGAAAUCCUGGAACUCAGAUUUAAAUUAAGAACAAGGCAUCCCACAGAAUCUAAUCUGAAAAAUCCCUGAUGACUACCCCCUGCUUUUUGAAUGCUUCCAAGACUUAUCACGAAAACUGUCGAUGUUAUGGAUAAUCAUUUCUUGCUGACUUUGCACGCCAUGGAAUGCAACUAGGGAUUGUUGGCUGAUUUGUUUGUUUUUUAAUGUUUCCCAGAAAGGUGUAAAUACUUUUUUUCAGUGUUGUGAGCAGGUGUUAUCACUUGGCCAAUAACUUAUCCAUACCUGAGGGCCGGUGACUGUUCUUGUUUUCCAAAUGAGGGUUAAAAGAAAAGUGUCUUUCUUCCCUUUUAAAUUGUGUAGAGUACAAAUUAUAAUAUAAUUUGAAUUUAUGAUUUUUUCAAAAGAAAUCUUAUAAACCUGUGGAAACUCAUUAAUUCUUUUGUUAAUAUUUAUCUCCAUAAUAGCAUCAUUCCAACCAGACUUGCUGAAAAUCUUGAGGCAAAUAUAAUAUAUAUAUAUAUAUAUAUGCUGCAUAUAUAUUUAUAAAAUUUCUAGUGGGAGUUCUAUAUAAAAAGAUAUUUCUUUGGGAUUCUUCAGCCUGUGUUUUAAAGUUUUACAAAAAGCGCAGCUUUUUUUAAGUUACUUUUCAGUUAGUUAACUGUGUGAUCCAGUUCUUCCAGCUGCUUCUAUAAUGAGGCACAUAUUAAUGCAGUUUUUAUAUGGUAUCUAUGAAAGAAUUCACUUCAUAGAGGAUAAUACUUGAGUAAAUGUAUCCAAGAAAGCAAGCAAAUAAAAAGGAACCUAUUUAUGGAAUAAACUCCAGACCGAAAAUUCAGUAUUUUAAUAAAAUGCCAAUUAUCUUUACUAUAUUUAUUAAAACUUGUAAUAAUGUGAUUUUUCAAGGAUAUUAGUUCAAAUUGAAAUGAUUUCCUGUCACUUGGAAAUCUUUUAUUUGUUGAGGUACCAUAUAUGUAGGGUGCUAGGCGGCGAGUAAUGUUAAUAUGUGCAAUAGGAACUACUGGUUCGAAUGUGUAGAUGCUCUUUCUGAGUCCUGGCAGCAUCCAGCAGAACUACUGCUUUUUCUCCAAAGAAAUUGGGAGCUCUCAAUCCUUGAUUAUAUGGGAAAGAGAACUGUGUAUUUGCCCUGAGACUGAGUUUUCUAUAGGAAUUUUAUUAAAGAUUGUUUAAUUCUGUUGUCCGUAAAAUGUUCUUGGUCAAAUAAAUGGGUGAGUUGGUUUUGGCUGUUCUUGGAAUG